ACCAUGUACCGAAUCGAGCAACACGUACUCCCUGAGAUAGCAGAUCCACUUGCAUUCAAGGCAUCAUUUCUAUCAGACUUCUCCAUGCUCUCCGUAACGGCAGCAAUCCUUGCUCAAGUAGCAAUUACCGCAUUGUCAUUGCAAAAUCUAGACCAGGUGCACCGAACAGCAAAUGCAGGAUUCAUCGUCAGCCUUGUCAAAGCUUGUCUGUCUGUGUGGACAUCGACGUCAGCUUCACAAAUGCUCACGGGUUUGGACACUACAGACGCCCUGCGCGACUGGUUAAGCAAUCCAGCACCAAAGGUCACAAGAGUUACCUUGGAAUAG